AUGCGUGCCAGGCUUCUUGACGAGGAGGGAGGGUUAACCCCGCAGUUGGAAGGUCAUAUUUUCGCGAAAUAUUGCAUACCGCCUCCGAGAAGCACCAGCUCGGGGACGCUACUCGUGCCUCCCAAGGAUGCCGUAUGGACAGAAGAAGCACUGGAUAAGUGGGCUAUUGAUACAAAUGGACAGCCAUUGGCUGCAGACGCGAAGGAGGAUAUUGCGGACAAUUUACUCGUCGACGAGCAAGGAAAUCUUCUAUUCGAAGGGCUUUUGCAGCUCUACGCUCUUCAAACCUCAAACGAUGAGGAGGAAACAUGGAAGGACCUCGGGAAACAUGGAUUUGAUCGGCGGCUACAAUUACAGCAGUAA